AUGAGGACUCCAAAUGAUUAAUAGUCAUUUGGAUUACGUUAAGAUAAUCUUAUGUUUUAACAUAAUCCUUCAGAUACAUAAAAACACUAAAGAGCAAAAUCUUCUUUGUAGAAUACUUAUAGACAAGGUACUCCAAUAACAGAUUUGGAAGAAUUGGAAGGAGAAAAAUUAUUUGAUUAGUUUUUUAAGUUGAACAAUUCUAAAAGUGAUAGUGAUUUUAUGAGAGAAUCAGUUUAAAGAGAAACCAAAUCAACUGAAUCUGAUUUCUUAAAAUUUGUGGAAAAUGCAAUAGAAUAUCACAGACAAUCAGAACUUCAUUUCAGACCUGGAGUAAAAAAGAAUACUCAGCAAGAUCAAAAAAUCAAGGAACUCAAUCUAUCAAACAGAUUAUUGGCCAAUGAGUUGAAUCGUUAUAAAUAAAGAGAACACGAAUUGAAAAAUAAAGUUAAACUAAUGUAGAAGGAAUUCUAAAGUGAAGUCUCAUAAUUGAUUUAAAAAAAUGAAUGGUUGGAAGAGCUUUUAGUAAAAUAGAAGAUAGAUAAUGAAAAUUCAUUGUUGGCUCUAAAGAAAUCUUUGGAGAUGAUCUAAGGAAAAUGCAAAUGUCAAAAAGAUUUGAAAUCAUAACCUAGACCUCAAUUUGAUUUAUAAGCAACUCAUUCCUCUUCAGAACUAAGUAGUAACACUGAAGAAGAAGAUUUCCAAUAUGAUUUCUUUAAAAGAAGAAAAUCUCUAUCUAAAAAUUCUGACGAUCAUCAAUUCUUUUAGAGUAAGAUAAAAAACCCAAAAGACUAUUCACGCGAUUUCUUUCUUCGUAAAAAAUCUGCUCAAGAUCCAUAUUAUACAUGA